CUUCAGCAUUAUCCGUGUCUCUAACUGUUCUCGUCUGGAUGGCCUGACUGCUUGCACUCCUCGUUCCUCUUUCCUCUCUGCAUCGGUGUCACAUCUUCGCCGUUCAACAUAACCUCGAUCAUUGUCGCCCAAGUCCAUACCAUCUUCAUUCCUUACCUCUAUUUACCCAGUGCUUGCUGGCAAGCUCCGAGCGACAGGCACCAGCCACACCUCUAAAGUACUUGUUGCCAGCCCGAAGUCGCCGAAGCCUUCCUCAUGCUCCUUCAUGGCGUUUCGCCGGUCCUAUUCCUCCUAGGUCCGGUGUUGUUGGCUUCGGCCUACAGUAAUGACACCUCCUCGGCCUUGAUGCAGGAUCCAUUCUACCAACUUGCUCCAGACGGUUGCCCUCCUUGUCCUAGAUGUUUCGAUUGCCACUACGAUGAGUUCAAGUGCCUACAGUUUGCGAACUGCGGUAAUGUCAAUGGAAAAUGUGUAUGUCCGCCUGGCUUUGGAGGGGAUGACUGCGCAGAGCCACUGUGUGGAUCUUUGGCAGACGGCAAAAACAGAUCACCACGGAAAGGAGACAAAUGCGAAUGCAGGGAUGGCUGGGAGGGUAUCAAUUGUAACGUCUGCGCCUCCGACAAUGCAUGCAAUGCAAUGAUGCCCUUGGGUGAAGGUGGCGUUUGCUAUAAACAGGGUUUGGUCGUCCACGAGAACUACCAGAUUUGUAACGUCAGCAACAAAGCUAUCCUGGACCAGAUCCAUCCCAGGAUUCCAGAGGUCACCUUCUCAUGCAAUGCCGAUCAAGAGACCUGCAAUUUCCAAUUCUGGGUUGACCAUAAGGAAUCCUUCUACUGCGCCCUGGACACCUGUAGUUGGGAGGCCCACGAUACAAACGUUCGCAACACGACCAAAUAUACCUGCGAGAACAUCAAAUGUUCUUGCAUUCCAGAUCGCUUCCUGUGCGGCGAAGAUGGAUCGGUCAAUAUCGAUGAGUUCUUGGAGCAGGAGAUCAAAGGCCCUGCCUCCUUCUUUACCCAGCAUACAUAUGGCGGAAGCUCCAAGGACGGGAGUCGAUUCGAAGAGCCGGCCAUGAACAACCUGAUCUCUAUGAUCUUCGGUGACGAGUACAUCUCGCUGAAAUGUCGUGGCGGCGAAUGCUUGUAUGAGACCGAAGUUCCGGGCUACGUUCGACCCAUCAAAGAGAUCAAUACACCACUCAUUGCUGGUGUCAUCGCUGGUUGUGCCCUUCUUGUCUUGGCUAUCACCUUGAUCUCGUGGUAUCUUUCUCGAAGGGCUGCCUACAAAAGAUGGGGCGCCAUUCGCCUCGGAGAUGAUGCAGAUGAUAAUGCUGCAAAGUCAAUGGUCAACCACAUCCCGAUGGCGCUGCAAUUCGAGAAUGUCGCCUACAAUCUGAAGGGCAAGGAGAUUCUUUCUGGUAUAUCGGGUAUUGCACGGCCGGGGCAGAUCACUGCCAUCAUGGGUGCCUCGGGAGCUGGCAAAUCGACCUUCCUGGACAUCCUUGCUCGCAAGAACAAACGAGGACUUGUCGGCGGCAAUAUGUAUGUCAACGGUGAAAAGAUCCUCGAUGGUGAAUAUCGCAAUGUCAUUGGCUACGUUGAUCAAGAAGAUACUCUUCUGCCGACUCUAACGGUCCACGAGACCAUCCUAACGAGCGCCCUCUUGAGACUCCCAGCGGAUAUGGGAAUCAACAUCAAGGAACAACGCGUCAUCGAGGUGAUGCAGCAGCUGGGCAUUUAUCACAUCAAGGAUCAAAUAAUCGGUUCAGAAGAAGGUAACGGGCGAGGAAUCUCUGGUGGCGAGAAACGGAGAGUUGGAAUUGCUUGCGAGCUGGUCACGAGCCCGAGUAUCCUCUUUCUCGACGAACCAACGAGUGGCCUCGAUGCCUUCAAUGCGUUCAACGUGGUCGAAUGUCUUGUCACGUUGGCGAAAACGUACAAUCGUACUGUCAUAUUCACCAUCCACCAACCUCGUUCGAACAUUGUUGCUCUCUUUGACCAGCUUAUUCUGCUCGCAAAGGGUAGGACGGUGUAUUCUGGUCCAUUCUGCAGCUGUCAAGCGUAUUUUGACCACAUUGGCUAUUCUUGCCCUCCUGGCUUCAACAUCGCCGACUAUCUUGUUGAUCUGACAAUGCACGCCAGCAUACCGCGCUCACCUAUCUUCGAAGAUGUUCCAAGAGAAUUCCUCGAGCGCGACGGCAUAGGUACUGAGUCGAGCAGCACCCGAGCUGUCAAGUCAAUUGCAAGUUUCUCCAAUGUUAGCACAGAAAGUCCUCAGGACCCUCCGCCGCAAAGAAUAAAAACAAAGAGGCGCAUCUCUCUGAAACAGAAACAAGACCGACAGCUGUUCACUCGCAAGAGAACGGGAGAUGACACUCCACCAACCCCCAAAACCGACGACGAAGACAAUGUCUUCAGUCGAGCAACCGGUAGUGUGCGAAGCUGGCUGCCUUUGUCCAAGAGAGAUGGCUCCAACCCACCUCAGAUCAUGGAGGAUCCUGACGAUCUCCCACCAGAUGCAAGCACGGAUCUCGAUAUUCUCGUAUCGAGCUUCAAGGAUUCAAGUGUUGCGGAGACCACUCAUGACGAGAUUGCCGCUUCGAUCCACGCAGCUUCGUCUGCCAAUGGUCAUACGAACGAAAAUGGUGUGGAUGAGCCUGUGACUGGGUCCAUUAAAGGGUUCCGACGCGUCAGUCUACCACGGCAAUUUCUUAUUCUCUCCAGACGUACAUGGCGAAAUCUUUACCGUAAUCCUAUUCUGAUGCUGACACAUUAUGCUGUGGCAAUCCUGCUCGCCGUCUUAUCUGGAUGGCUUUUUUACGGAGUCAGUGAUGAUAUUGGCGGCUUCCAGAACCGAUUAGGUCUUUUUUUCUUCCUGCUCGCUCUUUUCGGCUUCAGCACCCUUACAAGCUUGAACGUGUUCAGCUCCGAGCGAUUGAUUUUCGUCCGGGAACGGGCCAAUGGCUACUACUCUCCGAUCACCUACUUCGCAGCCAAGGUCAUCUUUGAUAUCAUACCCCUGAGGCUGAUCCCUCCUAUCAUCAUGGGUGUCAUCAUCUAUCCAAUGUCUGGUCUUUUACCAAAAUGGGGGACUUUUUUCAUCUUUAUUUUGAUCCUGGUGCUCUUCAACCUCGCAGCAGCUGCGAUAUGUCUCACGAUUGGCAUCGUCUUCAAGGAUCCCGCCGUGGCAAAUCUGAUUGGUAGCUUGGUGAUGCUCUUCAGCUUGCUAUUUGCAGGUCUGUUGCUCAAUCUCAACCAUGAUUCUACUCAGUUGGCGACGCAAUGGUUGCAAAAUCUAUCAAUCUUCCACUAUGGUUACGAAGCGCUGAUCGUAAAUGAAGUUGCCAAAUUACGACUUAAAGAUCAUCGAUACGGUCUUGACAUCGAAGUACCUGGAGCCAGCAUUCUCAGUGCCUUUGGUUUCGACAACCUUGCCUUGUGGAACGAUGUGAUUGGACUGGCAAUAUUUGCCAGUGUCUUCAUUGUCAUUGCUUACGGGGCUAUGCAUUUCUUGCUCGUGGAGAAGAGGUAGACUGGCAUUCUUGGAUUUGAUCUUGGAAUGCAUGAUUAGGUUUAUAUACAAGUGCAUAAACAUGUUCUAGGUAACGGCAUGUAAAUACGAUAUAAUGCUAAUGACAAUGUGAAGAAGUUUUGCGCAUAGGUACUCCGUUUCGAUCAGGAUUAUGUCGAGAUUUAGGAAACUUC